AUGAGGGACAUCACACAGUAUAGUCCAGGAGAAAAUCUGGCUCCCUCCAAUGUCCAUCCGGCACCACCCAGUGUAGAUGGACCAUCGGAUUCCUCGUAUCCUGAGGAACCUCAGACUUUGCAGGACCGGGCCGGCCUUCCAACAAAUAGGAGGUUUCCCUGUCCUGAGUGCGGGAAAUGUUUCCAUUCUAAAUUCAAUCUUAAUGAGCAUAAAAGAUCUCACACAGGAGAGAAGCCACAUGCCUAUCCUGAGUGCGGGAAAUGUUUUUCAAAUAAAUCCAUUCUUUCCCGACAUCAGACAUCUCACACUGGAGAGAAGCCGUUUUCCUGUGCUAAGUGCGGGAAAUGUUUUUCAGAUAAGUCCAAUCUUUACACUCAUCAGCGAUCUCACACAAGGGAGAAGCUUCAUUCCUGUUCUGACUGCGGGAAAUGUUUUGUACAAAUAUCAUACCUUGUCAAACACCAGAGAUCCCACACAGGGGAAACACCGUUUUCUUGUUCUGAGUGUGGGAAACUUUUUUCAAAGAAAUCUACUCUCAGCAGACACCAAUGGUCUCACAUGGGGCAAAAGCCACAUUCCUGUUCAGAGUGUGGGAAAUUUUUUUUAGACAAGUCCAGUCUUUACAUACAUCAGAGAUCUCACACGGGGGAAAAGCCGUAUUGUUGCUCCUUGUGCGGGAAAUGUUUUUCAUACAAGUCCAGUCUGAACAUCCACCAAAGGACUCACACGGGCGAGAAGAGGUUCUCCUGUACUGAGUGCGGGAAACAUUUCCGUUAUAAAUCCCGUCUUAACAUUCAUAAAAGGACUCACACAGGUGAGAAGCCAUUUUCCUGUCCUGAGUGCGGGAAAUGUUUUUUAAAUAAGUACUGUCUUUAUAAUCAUCAAAGAUUGCACACAGGUAAGAAUCAGUAUUCCUGCCCUAUGUGCGGGAAAUGUUUUUCAAGAAAGUAUUAUCUUUCCAUACAUCAGAGGUUGCACACGGGGGAGAAGCCUUUUUCCUGUCUUGAGUGCGGAAAAUGUUUUGUACAAAGAUCAGAACUUGUUGUACAUCAGAGAUCUCACACGGGGGAGAAGCCGUAUUCCUGCCCUGAGUGCGGAGAAGGUUUUAUACAAAAAUCAGAGCUUGCCAAACAUCAAAAAUCUCACAUGGGGGAGAAGUCGUUUCCCUGUCUUGAGUGUGGGGAAUGCUUUUCGAAGAAGUCCAAUCUUUCCAAACAUCAGAGAUUUCACACGGGAGAAAAGCCGUUUACUUGUGCUGAGUGUGGGAAAUGUUUCCAUUCUAAAUCCAAUCUCAGUAGGCAUAAAAGAUCUCACACGGAAGAGAAGCCGUAUUCCUGCCCCGAGUGUGGCAAAUGUUUCCAUUCUAAAGGCAGUCUUAAUGAGCAUAACAGAUCUCACAUAGGUGAAAAGCCGUAUUCCUGUACUGAGUGCAGGAAAUGUUUUUCACAGAAGUCCAGUCUUAACGUACAUUGGCGAUUGCACACGGGGGAGAAGCCGUAUUCCUGCCCUGAGUGCGGGAAAUGUUUCCAUUCUAAAGCCAGUCUUAAUGUGCAUAAAAGAUCUCACAAUGGGGAGAAGCCGCAUUCCUGUAAUGAGUGCGGUAAAUGUUUCACAGUGAAAUCGGCUCUUGUCAGCCAUCUGACAUGUCACACGGGGGAGAAGCGAUAUUCCUGUCCUGAGUGCGGGAAAUGUUUCUCUGGUAAAUCAAAAGUCGAUGCACACCAGAGGUCUCACACAAGAGAGAAGCCGUACUCGUGCCGUGAGUGCGGGAAAUGUUACCCAUAUAAAGCAGCACUGGUCAGACAUCUAACCUCCCACACGGGGGAGAAGCCGUUCUCCUGUAAUUAG